AUUAAAGCGUUGCCCUCAGUCCCGCUCCUGCAAACAUCAGGUGCCACCUCCAGCUGCUGCUGGUGACAGGCACUCAGGUUCCUCUCCUGAGAUGCUCAUGCAACCAGUGGUGAUGGAUGUUCAGGGUUUGGCCACGCAUAGGCAUAUUUAGCUGAAUUCGAAACUGCAUAUAUUUGAAGAUUUAUAAAAUGUUUUCUUAGAAAUAAGAUUACUAGAGUAUUUACAUUCUAUAUCUAUCCCACUGUUUCAUUUAGUGUUUUGUUAUUUAAAUAAGCUAUAUACUAUUUGUCUUAAUGAGUGUUUCUCUAUAGAAAUAUUAAUACAUUUGACUAUUGUGUGCUGCCUUAGACCCUGCCGGGGCUGUUACAUCACAUAUGGUAUGUGUACAUGCUACCUUUAAGAAAUCUGAAAAAUUCUGAAUUUCAGAACUCACCAGGCCCCAAGGAUUUUGGAUUACGGAUUGUGGAACUUCUUUUAGUCAAAAAGCAAACAAUGCACUUGUAAGAAAUCAUCCCGUUGUUCCAGGUUAAGAUCCUUUCUCAACAAUUUCUAAUGCCCGUCACACUCAAUUGGGCAGGUUUCUAACCAUGGGCAGCUGCUCUGUCUUUCCCUCAUGGGAUGAAGGCCUCUGCUAUAUUCUGGCACUAAUACAAAACAAAAUUCACUUUUUGCGUAGUAAAACUGCAAAGUGUAAUCGUCUUUGCUGGUAAUACUGCUAGACUGUUUCACCCUCUAAUAAGGGGCCUUUACAGGAUUACACAAAGCAUGAAUUAGUUUUUCCUCAAUAAUCCAGCAUUGUCAUUGUGAGGAUCAGUUGUUCGCUGUGAAAACAGGGCCUGGCCACAGACCACCUGGCUCCCUGACAAUCUGUGUUUGCGUUUGAGUCUUCCGUGCACCCCUGGGCUCACCGCCCCCGACCCCCGCCGGCUGUUCUUGGGGUGCCUGCCACAGCAUCAUCGCUGGAGAAGCUUGUUUGGGUUUUCUAAAAUAAGAAUAAAUGGCCCGGUGGGAGCUUGAACUUCAGACAUCCAUUUUGACUAGCCAGAGGCCCUCUCCCUCCGUCACAGCUGGGUUACUGAUAACUCCGGUGCCAGAUUUGACUCCUAAAACAAGAGUGAUGCGCAAGGCCAAACAAUGGAGCCUCUCCUCUCUAAGGCCUAGUGAAAUUACUCCUUCAAGACCAGGGCAAGAUUCUGCUGAGUUCUGUGCAGAGUGUACCCUUGGGUAGCUGGAGGGUCUUCACCACGGACAUCAGACAAAGAAAAACAAAAGUGAACUCAGUUACACUUGUUCAAAAACAGUAAAUAAAUAAAGAGAGGAAACCUACGCUCAGAAGGAUUCGGUAACUUGCAGUAGAGCAGGAUCAAAACCUCGGUCCUUCUGAAGGAGAUUUCACACACCUGAAAGAAGAGAAUGUCAAGACGCAGUAGCCGUUUACAAGCUAAACAGCAGCCCCAGCCCAGCCAGACGGAUUCCCCCCAAGAAGCCCAGAUAAUUCAGGCCAAGAAGAGAAAAACAGCCCAGGAUGUCAGAAAAAGAAAAGAGGAGAAGGUCACCAAGAAACAUCAGUAUGAAAUUAGGAAUUGUUGGCCACCUGUAUUAUCUGGGGGGAUUAGUCCUUGCAUUAUCAUUGAAACACCCCACAAAGAACUAGGAACAAGUGACUUCUCCAGAUUUACAAAUUACAGAUUUAAAAAUCUUUUUAUUAAUCCUUCACCUCUGCCUGAUUUAAGCUGGGGAUGUUCAAAGGAUGUUUGGCUAAACAUGUUAAAUAAAGAGACCAGAUAUGUUCAUGACAAACAUUUUGAAGUUCUGCAUUCUGACUUGGAACCACAGAUGAGGUCAAUACUUCUAGACUGGCUUUUAGAGGUAUGUGAAGUAUACACACUUCAUAGGGAAACGUUUUAUCUUGCUCAAGACUUUUUUGAUAGAUUCAUGUUGACCCAAAAGGAUAUAAAUAAAAAUAUGCUUCAACUCAUUGGAAUUACCUCAUUAUUCAUUGCUUCCAAACUUGAGGAAAUCUAUGCUCCUAAGCUCCAAGAGUUUGCUUAUGUCACUGAUGGAGCUUGCAGUGAAGAGGAUAUCUUAAGGAUGGAACUCAUUAUUUUAAAGGCUUUAAAAUGGGAACUCGGUCCUGUAACAGUCAUCUCCUGGCUAAACCUCUUCCUCCAAGUUGAUGCUCUUAAAGAUGCUCCUAAAGUUCUUCUACCUCAGUAUUCUCAGGAAAAGUUCAUUCAGAUAGCUCAGCUUUUAGAUCUGUGUAUUCUAGCCAUCGAUUCAUUAGAGUUCCAGUACAGAAUACUGGCUGCUGCUGCCUUGUGCCAUUUUACCUCUAUUGAAGUGGUUAAGAAAGCCUCAGGUUUGGAGUGGGACAGCAUUUCUGAAUGUGUAGAAUGGAUGGAGCCUUUUGUCAGCGUAGUAAAAAGUACUAGCCCAGUGAAGCUAAAGAUUUUUAAGAAGAUUUCUAUGGAAGACAGACACAAUAUACAGACACACACAAAUUACCUGACUAUGCUGGAUGAAGUAAAUUAUGUGAACACCUUCAGAAAGGGGGGACAGUUGUCACCAGUGUGCAAUGGAGGUAUUAUGACACCACCGAAGAGCACUGAAAAGCCACCAGGAAAACACUAAAGGAGCAAGUAAUAAGCACACAAGUGGGAACUGAUGAAGUAAUGUACAGAAUUUCAUAGAACUGAACUACUUAAGUUUUACAGGAAAACAGUGCCGUGACUGUCCUAGCCAAUUCAGAAGUGUCACUGCCAUUCUUUGAUUUUAAAACCACUUAAAAUUGGCACCAAGGAAGAAAUUCAUUUAAUUCUUAUGUCAGCUGUUUAAAGAGACAGCAGGACUUGUUUACAAGGGCGACUUCAUUCCCAAUGUUGACUGGACAGAAGCCAGCCGUGAUCCACGCCGUAACCAUUUUUUUGACCCAGUGUUACUUUACUGUGUUUAUCUUAAUAAACUAGGAAUUUUAUUAUUGGAGUUUUCGACUAGCUAAGUGCUACCUUAAAGGGUACAUUAAGUGAUACAGUACUUUGAAUCUAGUUUUUAGAUUCUCAAAAUUUAUAAACUCUUGAUAGUGCAAUUUGGUUCUUGAAAAUAAAAUUUAAACUUGUUUACAAAGGUUUAGUUUUGUAAUAAGGUGACUAAUUUACCUAUAGGUGCUGUAGCAAGCUAUUAUGAAACUUGAAUUUUUUAAAAUGGUGAACUUUAAUCUGCCUGACUAGUUUCUUUGCCUUGCCAUAACAUGUUUAACCAGUAAGGCUUAGAUGAACAUGGUGUUUUAAACUGUGCUCUGAACAGUGGGAGUGCCAAAGAAAUUAUAAACAAGGUAAAUGCUGGGGCUCCUACUUGGGGCUUUGACAUAUAGGUUGCUUUAUAAUAACUUUUCUGUACAUCACAAUUUGGGUGAAAAACUUAAGUACCCUUUCAAACUAUUUAUAUGAGAAAGUCACUUUAUUACUCUAAAAAAAAAUCCUUAGGGUUAUCUUAAUUUAGUGUGACCAAGGCUUUAUUUAUGUUUGCAAAACUGUUAAGGUCCUUUUAAAAUUCCUACAUUAUGAGUUAAGGACAGUGUCAAAGUGAUGAAGCUUAACACUUGACCUAAACUUCUAUUUUCUCAAGGUAGGAAAGUAGUAAAUGUACACUGACUCCUAGAAAUCUAUUUAUUAAAAAAGGAAAAAAAACCUUGACCUAGAAACUUGCUGUAUAUAGUUAGCUACUGCUACAUACAUGUUUUAGUUUUUUAAGAAUGAAAUUUCAGCCUCAAAAGUGGAUUUAAUUAGAAAAAUUAUACUAGAUCAGUAGUUUAUUCUGUUACUGGACAUGUGAAUCUCUUCCUUUGAAGAAAUUAUAAAUUUAAGCUAUUGUUUUGGUAUGAAGUCUUCUGUAUAGUUUUUGUUUUUAAACUAAUGUUUCAGUAUUUUAUCUGAAAAGAAAACACCACUAAAUAUGUAUAUAUGUAUUAUAUAAACUUAAUCUUUUAAUACUGUUUAUUUUUAGCCCAUUGUUUAAAAAAUAAAAGUUAAAUUUUAA